GUAUUUGUUACGAUGAAAGUUCCGUAGUUCCUACGGAGCCGGAUGCUUUUGCUUGUUUGCUGAAUCUACUUAGUUGAAAAAAGCGCAUGGAUGUAUUGAUAUUGGUUUGACUGAUGUGAAAGUACCCGAGGAACACACUCGCUGGGUGUAUUAAGAAGAUGAAUCGCUUCUGAAUUGAGCUUCCCAUACGUUAACGACUUGGGCUUACCGUAGCCCCACUUGCCGUGAUUCACCGUUCAAAGCGUAUUCCGUCUGACUUCGUCGCAGACAGACUUGAUCUGGAGUCAUUGCCAAGCUGCUUCAGGAGCUUCUCGAAAGUUUACUUACACUCCGUCCUCUUGGAACUAUCACGCGCUUGCUCCUUGUCACGAAGUAGGCUGGCUCCCUGCUCAGAAAGCGAGGGCGUUUGCACCCACUUUCUUCUGCAAAACCCCGGUUGUAUCUACUACGUAUCGAUUUUGCCGUUCGCGCGCCCCGUGAACGAAUUCGAAAGCCCAGAAAGGACAACAAGGGUCUGAACGUCGACCAGUCACUAAAAGGUAAAAAUGGCAUUACCAAGCAGUUUCAGUCAGCAGCGGCCUACUGUCGGGCGCUUACAGGAGGCAUGUAGGGACAUGGAGAGACAAAUCGACAGCCUAAUCCAAAGCAACCAACAGCAUGCAAGCAAGGUGAGUGAAAAGCUUUAGCCAGGAAAUGAAUUUGAAUUAAAGAGGAUAAAAUCAAAAUUUUAAUGUUUUCCCUUUAAGAAGCAAUUUUCAAAUUCAUGUGUGAAAAUGCGUCACCAGAAAAUGAAUUUGAAUUAACUAUAAUAAAAUCAAAAUUUUGUUGAUUUACCUUUGAAUUUUUUGUUUCACGAGUGAAAAGGCUUUCCUAGGAAAUGAGUUUGAAUUAAGUUUGAUGAAAUCCAACUUUUAGAGUUUGAGUUAAAAGUUUCAAAGUCAGAAGCUCAUGUAAUUCAGAUUGCGUUUUUUAGAGUUGUUAUUUAUUUUCUGUCAUUUGCGCAGGUAAGUGCGUUUAGAGCACGAGCAGUUCGAGCUGAGAAAGAGCUAAUAGCUCUCCAAACUCUUAAUGCAGAACUUUUGAGUCGAGCCAUGGAAGACCCAGCACCUCGUUCCAGAUCGAGCUCCAGACCAGUGGUAUUUUUUUUUGCUGAGAGCGAGCGUAAGCCAUUAUGUUCGUUGAAUUUAUUUAGGUUUCGUAGAAUUUCGUUAUAGUCCAUUCUGGAAACUCAACAAAUGAAUAAAAAAGCUCAUACCCUAAUUCUUCCAUUUUUCAAGAAAUGCUUUUAGAGGUUAGAUCCAACAUCGAGCAUCCUGCAUUUGACUAAAAAAGCUCAUGCUCUAAUUCUUUCAUUUUUAAAAAAUUUUUAGAGCUCAUAUUCUACUUCUAGAGUCUUGCAUUUAGGCUCAUGCUCUAAUUCUUCCAUUUCCAAAAAAAAUUUUAGAGCUCAUAUUAUACUUCUAGAACCUUGCAUUUAACUAAAAAUGCUCAUAGUCCAACUUUUUCAUUUUCAAGAAAAAUUUUAGAGAUUAUAUUACACUUCUUGCAUUUAACUAAAAAUGCUCAUAGUCCAAUUUUUUCAUUUUCAAGAAAAUUUUUUAGAGAUUAUAUUCUACUUUUAACAUUCUUUCUUCAGUCUCGUUCACGGAUUCAAUCUCGCGGCGGCAAAGGACCGUUAACUGCAACAUCAUCGCUGCGUGUGCAUCUAAGGGAACUCCAGGUUUUUUCAUUUUCUUGCGUUUCGAAUGAAUUUUAGAAUCCUUGAAUGGAUAUCCACGCCAAUGUGUCCUUUGUGAAAUUAUCGAGUUUUCGUUUUUGCUCCAACGAAUUAGAAUUACAACAUGAGCAAAAGCAAAUCCAAAAAAAAAUACAACAGGAAAAAGCACGGGAAAAGGGGAUUCUUUCUGCGUCAAUACAGGCAGCGAUUGAUGGUGCAACAGUAUCUGCGUCCUCGACAUCACCACCGCCGACUAGGGGGAAACCGAAAGGAGGAGCAUCAGAAAUCAACUCGAAACAAGUACAGCGAGGUGGCUCUCACGCGGGAGCGAUGUCCUUAUCUGCAUCUGGUGUGAGUCUGGGCGAGGACAUUACAGGAGCGUUGCAACGCCAGCAAGCGUUUACCGGAGGAAAGUCGCAAUUUCGAGAAUUAGAAGACGAACAUUGGGACAUGUAUCUAUGUUUUCAGGUUGAGCUUGAAGACCAUCAAAGUUGAAAUAAAUCAGUCAGGAAAAUAUCCUUCACGAAAAAUGUGCAGGCAGUUCCAUUUUAACGGUUUGCUCGCUUACAAUUCUGCAUUCGAAAUUACAUAGGCUUAGACCUAUUGGGCACUGUUCACUCAUUGGUGAUCCACAGGCACUCACGGGACCGCAUGGGCGCUGAAGAUGCUAUUGGGCUAUGUGUGCGAGAGAAGGAGCAAAGCGAUAAGCGCCUCGCUGACACGGAGCAGCGAUUAGUAGCUACGCAGGACCAGCUUGCCAAAAGCGACGCCAAUCUUGCGGACGCUCUUCGGAAGAUCGCAGACCUAAGAGGUGAACUCGAAUUCGUAAAGGAGGCGAACGAAAGGCUGCUAGCGGCUGGGGCUCUAUCAAACGGAGCCGCGGGCGCAGGUUCAAUGCCAGCAGAAUCUGCAGCUGCGCACGGUGACGCGGGUGAGGCCAAAGCAGCGAGCUCACGGGAGCGGAGCAAGGAGAUGGUCGAGGGAGGUGAAAACGACGUUGGAGAUGCUGGCUCGUCCACGAGACUGGAAUUCGUGCAGGCGGCGGGCGCUGCAGGGGAAGAUGAUGAAGCAGGAGGUGGUGCUAAUAGCCAAGAAGCGUCAGCAGCUAGCGGUGCACCGCAUAAUUCAGAAGCUGUGCCAGAAACACAAGUGGCAAACGAGGAGAGCGCGGUCGUGGCCGCACCACCGGAGCCAGUCUCACGAGCUGUAGCUGAGGGUGGAGCAGAAGCAACGACUGCCGAGCGUGCGACGGCAGAAGCAGAGGACCCGAAAGCGGCACCUGAUGGUGUUCCAGUUCCCGAAGAUCCAAGUCCGCCAGCAGGAGAGCAGAUGGAAACAGACGGGCAGAAUCCACCAGCUGGAGCUGAGAUUACAGAGGGUAAUCACGAACAGAGUGCUGCUUCUUCCUCCGCAUCCCAGCCGCAGGCAGAUAUGGAGGAUCCAGGACAAGGAGUUGAAAUUGAAAAAGAACUCUCAUCUUCAACACCACAAGAGGAGAAUAGGGAAAUAUCUACGGUAACAGAUAAUCCUCCAGCCAGUGGAACUGCAGUAGAAGACAACGGAACUGAUGGCGGCGCAUACGCAGGUAUAGAUACAGUAGCGACAGAGCAAAGCGCGACUGCCGACGUCGACGAUAGUCCAAAUGCUGCUGUCAUUGGCGAAGAAAUUCUACCGGGUUCUGGAGUAGAAGGCACCGAAAAGACUACCGAGAGUGCAUACCUAGCUGCUGAAGCGGCUCUUUUCAAGAAUAGAGAUCAUUAUAUUAACUAACUACAACAUCAUGACCAUGUGAUUGUUGCCCACGCCAUCGCUAAUGAAUGUGCAUGAAACUACUGCCCACGCUAAUGUUGGAAGCAGAAUUCCACGCACUCACAACUUAUCCUGAACUUUGUUGAUGUCACAGUCUCUCAGACUUAUUCGUAUUGUACAGUAUGCUAGAAGACGAUGGUGCUCUAUAAUUUGCUCCGGACUGUCCUAGUCCUUGAGGAGCAGCAUAUUUCUUCGUGUUUCUUUAAUGCAUCUUGAGAAUAUAGCGUCUAAUAUUUCUACCAUUCAUUACAUCAUCUGGAUCUGAUAUGAGUCUGUGUCAGCAUCAGGGCUCCAUUAGGGAUAUGUCAUAAUUCCAAGCCACUCCAUCUGCACAGAUGACAAAAAUGCACAGGCAGGUUAAGCUUUAAACACUCCCUUCUUCUUUUGUGGCUGUUGCAAUCGCGAUUGCGAUUGCCAGACAUGAUAUUUACAUGCACACACAACGCCUUUCCCAUUUCAUUUUCGUCCAAUUUCUUUGCAAUGAUUACGAUGACACAUCAGUGAACACUAGUAUACCAAUUUACCAGAGACAAGUGCGCCAUGUAUUGCGCAUGAUAUCACAACAUCAUUAUUCUGUUAUUUCCGACCCGAUUCAUAUUUAGUAGCUGGACUGGCGGUAACGUUGAUUAUUCCACUGCAACCCAAUCUAUCUCUUACGUUCAAGAAGCAAAAAUUACUCACGCUCCCUUAUAGGUGAGUACUCGGCACACGUACGAAUUCGAUAUCUUAAUACGGGACACAUACUGGCUUCACGAGCGGGAUACCUUAAUAAUCUGCAGUACAAAAGUCUUCCGUUUUUACGAAGCCAUAGGAAGCUGAAAGAGUAAGAGGGUAGAGGUAGACAAACAGCUUAUAGUGUAAGACAAAGAAAAAGGAAAAGGAAGGAUAGUGAUACUUCCGAAUUGGCAC